AUGGAGGGCCUCUUCACUCUGCUCACCUUGAGCAUUGUGAUGGCUGUAACAUCCUUCCUCAUCGGUGCAUUGCCGCUCAGUUUCACCCUCUCCACCUCACAGUCACGAUUCAUCUCGUCCUUGGGCAUGGGCAUAUUGGUCGGCACAGCACUUGUGAUUAUUAUUCCCGAAGGCGUGGAAACACUCUACAGCUCUCAGAAUUAUCGCUCGCCUUCAACCCUUCAGACCCGUGGACUCGAUGUCCGAUGGCAGCACAGAAGUUCGCCCGUUCAUAUCCUACCACCGAGAGCAGUCCCAGAAAUUGACGCUUUACCGGGUCCUGUCAUCCCGGAUGCUGCCUCUUCGUUUGGAGAUGCAGCGCCACCGAAGACUCCAACAACACCGGGAGAAGUGCACGCCUUGGAUAUCGACGGAGGAAGUGACGUCGGCGACUCCCACAAGCAUGAGCACGAAGACGAAAUUAGCGCACUCCAUGCUUGGAUUGGAAUCUCUCUUAUUAGUGGAUUUAUUCUUAUGUACAUCAUCGAUAAGCUACCCUCUUUCGCUUCGCCGCCGAAAGCAAGACGACUACCGUACCACAUAUCACUAGACAAUCUCGGAGGAUCCGGUUUACGAAGAAGCUCCUCGCCCAACCGAGAUGGCGGAUUACUCGAUCAGGACAACAACAACAACAACCAAAACCCACACUCUUUCGCAAUGACCACCGGUCUGGUCAUCCAUGCCGCAGCAGACGGCAUUGCCCUGGGCGUAUCAGGAUCUAACUCCAGCCUGAGUUUUAUCAUCUUUCUCGCGCUUCUUGUACACAAAGCGCCUGCCGCGUUUGGCUUAACAUCUGUACUUCUGAAGCAGGGACUUUCUAGUCGAGUUGCGGGUCGUCAUUUGCUGGUCUUCAGUCUGGCUGCGCCAGUGGGGGCUUUGAUGACUUUUAUCAUUGUGCAUACUCUUGGUUCUGGGUUCGGGAGUGAUGAGGCUUCUAAUCGGUGGCGGACUGGUGUUUUGCUCUUGUUUUCUGCGGGCACAUUCCUAUACGUCGCGAUGCACACUAUACAGGAUAUUGCGCCUUCAUCGUCUCCGUCUCCGUCUCAUUCUCAUUCCAAUGGCUACGCAGACUCGCGCGAAACCCCGAAACCAAAGGGAUCGAUACAAGAUUUGGCGGUGUCUGUUGUGGGCAUGAUUCUGCCUUUAUUUUUGCAGAUUGGACAUGCGCAUUAA